UAUUCGGUUAUAGCAAUACAUGUCGAAAUAUUACCUAAGCAAUAGACCAUAUUCAAGAACCUAUGGAUGUUUUGUGCCGCCAGUUUCGGCAUUGUAUACUUAUUGACGCAAAUCUUUAUUUAGGACAAACCCCCAUUUAGCUAACGUUAAGGUUUUGUUUGCUAACUUCUACUGCUAGAUGAACUGGGAUAAUCAGCUCAGCUCUAUCCUGUCAGCUGCAGAUGACAGCGUGGCCAAGAUGCGGGAAAGACUGACUUCACCAGGGAAAUUCUCAAAAGGAAGUCCAGAUCUGUUUCCGGUGAGGGAAGGGCGUUCUGACCCAGGUUUGGACCCCCUUACUCUUCCUCUCCUUCCCACCAGAGCAUCCAUGCUCCAACAGCCCUCCUCAUCUCUCCCCCCGGAGGUUCAAUGGGCAGACCUCGCUGCCAUCCAGACUCAGCUGCAGAUGCAGAGCCAGGCACUUGAGUCUCUCACAAAGAAGGUUCAAAGCGUCGAGAGGGAGAGAGAUUCUCAGCAACGCCGUAUUCGCCUACUGGAAGAGGAGAUCUGCAGCCUGCGGGAAGAGUCGAAGGAGAUGGAGAGAGCGAGGGCUGACAUGAGGAGGGAUCAGAGCCCAGGGACUGAGCGGAUGAUGGAGCAGUGGAGGAGAGAGAUCGGACGCGAGCUGAGCACUCUCCGGGGCCACAUCACCAGGGCUACGUCGCUAAGCAACCUGGAGGAGAGUUUCAGUUCAAAGCUCCAGGGCGAGGAGCUGCAGCACCUGCGAAGGGAGGUAGAUCAACUGAAGGCUCGCCUUAGGGGACAGGAGGAGGACAUGUUUGUCCAGCAGUCGGAGGUCCGAGAGGCCAGGCGACAAUACGAACGCAACUGCAAGACGCUGGAGCAGCUCACAGACACUAACAGAACGCAUGGUUUGGACCUGGCCAAGACCGAGACGCAGCACACACGCACGCAGCAAGAGGUCCGCCAGAUCAGAGUCAGCGUAUCAGACCUGAGAGAUGAGGUCAGCCGUCUUAUGCUCAGAGAAGAGCGACCCACACCUGCAAGGCCGCAACACACAUCAGCUUCUAUGGCACCAGGUUCUCAGCUCCACAGCAGCCAUGGUCCGGAGCCCAGAGGUGAGCAGCCAGACUCUGACUCUGAGGACUUCAGCCCCACGCCUAGCCUGGCGGAGGUCAGCUCAGACGACCUGUCGUGGCUGGACGACCACGAACCAGCUCCUCGUCAGAAGAGAGUACCGUGCGUACGUCUCAGCACGCGGUCCAGACGAAGUGACAUAGCCGGCCCAAGCAGCGACCUGGGGGACGACGACGAGGAUGACGACAAUGAUGACGAUCUAGAUGAUGAUGACGUCCACCUAGGGCUGGGAUCGGACCUUAGCCUUGAUGACCUCUGACAUUUUUCAAAUGUCAGACUGAAAGAUAUGUUAGCUUUGUUUCAUUUGUUCCUACCAGAGGUCAGCUAUACUCAUUACUUUGGUAAAUUAUUAUGGUUAGCUUGUAAAAAAAAAGUAUGUAUUCUAAUGAUGAGACAUUUCGUUAAUUCCCAUUUGAAUGUCGUCAAGAAUCUGUUGUCCUGAAUGUAGGACAUGUUGAAUGUUGAAUUCUAAAACUUGUUUCUGUAAAUAAUCCAUCAAAAGGUGUUAUUGAAUAAUAUCUGACCCGGCUAGCUUGCUAGUCACAAUAGCAGGGCCCUCCAUCAUUGGGCUGAGUCAGGUCUGGGUUGUCUGAAGUGGAUCCUGUCUGAGGAACACAAUCAGCAGUGCUUUGCUGAUAUGCAUCAGGAGAUGAAUGUGCUUUAACCAGCUGCACAUGUAGAGGAUGACUGUACUCUGGGAACAAAUAGCCCAAGGCAGCCGCCAUUUUGCAGAUGCAGUCAAUUGUUCUCCCACAACAACUAUUUAGUUUAAUUCCGUCAUCGUCAUAUUUGAUUUGAUUUUAAUUGAGUGACCUGAUGUCACACCAAAUACACAUGUAUUAUGAUACGUUCAUCAAGUGUGUGUGUGAAUAUAUAUAUUUGUGUGUGUGUGUGUGUGUGUGUGUGUGUGUGUGUGUGUGUGUGAGAGAGUGAGAGUGAGAGUGAGAGUGUGAGUGUGAGUGUGAGUGUGAGUGUGAGUGUGAGUGAGAGUGAGAGUGAGAGUGAGAGUGAGAGUGAGAGUGAGAGUGAGAGUGAGAGUGAGAGUGAGAGUGAGAGUGUGAGUGUGAGUGUGAGUGUGAGUGUGAGUGUGAGUGUGAGUGUGAGUGAGAGUGAGAGUGAGAGUGAGAGUGAGAGUGAGAGUGAGAGUGAGAGUGAGAGUGAGAGUGAGAGUGAGUGAGAGUGAGAGUGAGAGUGAGAGUGUGAGUGUGAGUGUGAGUGAGAGUGAGAGUGAGAGUGAGAGUGAGAGUGAGAGUGAGAGUGUGAGUGUGAGUGUGAGUGUGAGUGUGAGUGUGAGUGUGAGUGUGAGUGUGAGUGUGAGUGUGAGUGUGAGUGUGAGUGUGAGUGAGAGUGAGAGUGUGAGAGAGAAUCACAUGAGAAAUAGAUAUUUUUUACUUUUUUGCUUUUACUUUUUAUGGAAACACCAAGUUCAAGCUGGCCAGAAUGGUAUUUUCCCUCACAACAACAUUAAUUUAUAUUAUAUUAUUAUAUUGCUGACUCAUCAGUAAAGUAACCCUGCUGCUGAUGGUUGGAACGAUACACAUCCUUCCUAGGUUAAGUCCCACCCUAGUAUUCUGUUUCGAUCCCAUCUCCCCGUUUGGGCGUCAUCCAAAGAUGAAUCAGCCCACUUGUGUUUAUUUUGAGAGAGCAAUAUAUCUGAUUCAUUAGCAAAGAACAUUCAGUAAAAUCGAGGCAGGACAGACAUCAUUUACGGCAAUCCUUCAAAUAAGCAACAUUGUAAAAGAAACACAGUAUUUUGAUAUAAUAACGUGAGCUAGUAUUCCCUGCGUAGGAUUAAUACAGUACCAUCUAAUGAGUGGCUGUUGUAAAGAAAGGAGGCAUUUGUGUGUUGUUGUGGACUGAUAGUGAUGAUGGCCUAAUGACCGGAUGAGUUGGGCUGUUCUCUUGCAACUCAAAUGCAUCUAUCAACCAUUUAACUGUAAUAGAAUGACAAAUAAAGGAGCUUUUCGUGUCUGCUUAAACAAAUUAAGUUUGUGUUCAAGAUGGUUCUGUUGCCUUUUACGUGCCCUAUUUAAAUCUGUCAUUAAAGGUUUAUUCAUAGGAAGUUCCUCAAACAUCAAAAUAGACCA